CUGCCGCGGGUUUCCGGCAUGAAACUCGAAAUCAAGAAGUUGUCUGCAAAGUUUGCGGUGGGAAGAGCCCCGGCCCGGCCCCGCGGCAGCUCCGGCGGGGGCAGAAGCAGAGGCAGGCGCGGGCCGCUGGGGUUUUUAACAGCGGAGGAGGGGGCGGCGCGGAGCGGGACUCCCUGCUUACAUAAGGCGCCUCGUCCCCCGUCACACGCGUGAUUUCCUCGCCUGCCCACCCCGCGCGCUGCCGGCAGUGAAAUAGGAGCCCAGCCCGCCCCCCGCAGCGCGGAGCCUCUCCCCGGCCAUGGGCGCCCCGCGGGCUGCGCGGCUGCUGGCGCUGCUGGGGCUCCUGGUGCUGUCGGCGGGGACCCGCGCGGAGACCAGCGACUCCAUGGAUGUAAAGGACCGGCAGAGCCUCCUCGACCUGAUCAUGGAAAUCAUCCAGGAGCUGAAGAGCUACCAGCUGCAGGGGGACAGCGGGCGGCAGCGCUUCCCCAAGCACGACUACGGCUUGGACCGCAGGGAAGUGGAGGACUACGGCGGGUACCCGGACGAGCAGCGAGUCGAAAUAGUGCCCAGAGAUCUGAGGAUGAAAGAAAAAUUUUUAAAGCAUUUAACAGGUCCUCUCUAUUUUAGUCCAAAAUGUAGUAAACACUUUCAUCGGCUGUAUCACAAUACAAGAGACUGCACCAUCCCAGCAUACUAUAAAAGAUGCGCCAGGCUUCUUACUCGGUUGGCAGUAAGUCCAAUGUGCAUGGAAGGAUAAGAUGUUAUUACCAUAAAGAGAAGAAACACCAAGAACCAAGAAAAGUGCCUUGGAAACCAACAGGGAAAUAGAACUUAAAUACCUUUAUAACAUAUUCCAUUGUGAACAAGAGAUUUAUUUUUGCAGAUUGACAGACUACUUCCCAUAAUUCUUUUAACAUGCGUUUUCUAUGUUGUCAACAGUGUGCAGAUUCUUUACAGUAGUAUAGCCACCAGUAGUACUUAAUGAUCCAUACUUACAAACACAUUCCACAUUUGAUGUGUACUGCUGCCAAAAACUACACAAACACACACCCUUCACCAAGAAAAUUAGUGUUUUAUUGCUUAAUUCUGAGACUUCAAGGAAUGUUUGUAUAUUCAGAACUCUUACAGAAUCUGCUUUACAGCAGUGGUUGUCACUUGAUCUCUUUCAUGCUUAUGCAAUUAAAGUUUGGUUAAAACAAACUUAUGUUGGGGUCACAUUGUACCCUGGGAGUACACAUUGCAUGAUAAAUACAAAAAAAGACAGUUCUGAGUAAACCCAGGUCCUUGGGACAGUGGAGCGUGGAUUUUGUAUACACAUACAAACUACCAUUAGUUUUCUUUACAAUACAUGUAUAAAACAUUCCAGCUAAUGUGCAAUAUGUAAAUACUGUAAAUAACAAACAUAAGUAAUAAAGUGUUUGGUAUUACAUUGCCCUCAAUGUGACUUUUUCAAUAAUGAUUUCAACAAAUUGGAAAUUAUUUAGAUAUGGUUACUCAUGAUUAGAGCUGGGCAUGGAAUUCUUGCCAUUUCACAAAGCUUUAUGAGAUUAAGGCUCUCCCCUACACUGGAGGAGUGAUACUUUUCCUUGAACAGCCACAGCUUUGGCAGUAAAGGCAGUCACCAGGAUGUGGGAGAAUCGCAAGCUUGGGACUGUUGGCUGCCUUGACAUUAAGUUAUUGGGUAUUUAGUGUGGAUCUCUCUCUGGAAUGGUCUAGGACUUUAUGCAGGAUAUAAGAAACUUUUCCUGACGAAGAUCUCAACAAAACUAGCAUCUUCCCACAAAGGGUACGGCUUUAGUAAUAACAACAAAAAACAACAUUUGUCUGAACAGGACAGAAACAAUUUCAUAAAACUAACCAUCUCAAAUCAUGAUGUUUCAAAAUUAAAAUAAAUUAUAUUAAAAUCCAAUAAUUUUACUAGGAAACUAACUUAUGAAGAACUUCAAUGGUGAGCAGAUCUUGAGGUUUAGAUAAGCAUUUCAUGUUUCUUUAGAAGUUCCAUAGCCAAACCUGUUUGAUUUUAUAAUGGAAAGAGACAUCUUCCCACCCCUGCUCGCCCUCCACUGAAGGCCUACUAUUAAGCAUUCCCACUAAGUGCACUCCAGAAACACACUCUGAAAUUGAAACUUGUCUUUGUUAAACAUCUAUUUUUAUUCAAAUCCUUCAUGUCCAUAUAACAUAAACCUCCAAAGACAGUACAACUAACUAAACUAUAAAGAAGCCAAGGUGUUCAGCUUGAAUGUUAAGAAAAUUUGGGUUUAGUUCCCACAAGUUCUUUCACAAAUUGCCAGCUUUGAUUUUCAUGGACAUUAGUAAGAAAUCCAUGGUACAUAUGCCAUUUAUGUAAUAUCACUAGAUGUUAACACUUCAACUAUUGCUGGUAUUUCUUAAUAUAUUUAUGUAAAAAAAAUAAUAAAAAAAAAAAUCA